AUUUGUCUUUGAGAUCUACGGUCGGAUAGGCCUACGUAAUGUGGCACUCCUUUGCUCUCGCGGAUCAGUUCGUUGUUGGAAAGACAAUGGAACGGGUAGUGACUCAGACAAGAUGCCACUGCAGCGGAAUAUGUACUAGUGGCCGCAGUCACUCGAGACAAUGCAAUGUCUGAGUACUUAAUAGCUCCCUGGCGAGUCGCUGAGAGUCGCCGCUUCCCCGCCAUGCAGAUAUUCUCCAGGGUGUCGCACACUCCAGAGGAGCACGCCAUGCUCGUUGCUUUCCGCGUCGUCCGCUCGUCCAGCGCCCUCGUCCUGAGCGUGCCCAUCGCUCUGGGAUCCUACGUCCUAUGCCUCCUCCCGAGCCCCCACGGAGAAGCCUACGCCAGCGCCAACCUGGACCAGACCGCGCGCAUCGGGUGGCUGGGUGCAGGCAUUAUCGCUGGCGCGGUGUUCAUAUACGUGCUGUUCCUGUCGUUCACCAACUGCGUCUUCUUCCAGAGGCACAUUCGACUCACCAUUUACGCCCCUCCGAUGAAGGAAAUCCUGCUGGGACUGUUCACCAGGAAGGGUCUCUUCAUCACCCAGUGCUUCUGCGCCGUGCAGGGAAUGGCCGGCGCGGCGGCGCUCGAAUACGGGGAGGAAGGCCGCAAACGUGGGAUUCAGACGGGACGUCUCGACCUCGUCCAAGCUGGCCUCGCUGGCGUCGUCGGUUCGCUUUUGAUUCAAGUUGUUCUCGAUAUCAUCCGCCGGAUGAUGAUCGGAGCUGUCAAAGCCGUGGCUGGUACUACAAACCCUCGUCGCGUUUGCAAUAGCGAACCCCGAAGGAAGGCCCAGUCAAGCUGAGGACAAUGGCCAGUCAAGGAAAGUCAACCUAUUCCAAUUCGUUGACCAGCCGUGCCAGUGUUGGUUCCUCCGGCGUCAGACAUAGUAGGAUUCCGUGCCACUUGCCGUGCCAUGAUCGUCGUUCUCCUUAGCACUCUUCAAAUUUGUACCUGUAUCAUCAGAUGGAUUUGUCGUAAUCGUUGAGAUGCUACUUAGCGGAAGUGGGGCGUGAUAACGAGUGCAACGUAGACCAGACUUACACGAGCAAAGGCGACACGAACAGGAGCCAUCAUCAA